AUCAUCAUCAUUUGAAACCUUAGGUUUACCCUUAAUGUAGACGUUACAGAAGAGAGGUCAAGUGUCAUGGCUUGUUCAAAUCAGUCUGCGAAAGAUUACAUUGCCAAUGCCAGAGUUUACCUGGUUGGAGAACUGAGGAAUCUGUCAGUGAUUCUUGAGAACUUGUAUCAGCAAGACGUUCUCACUGAUGAAGAGAUCUGCAAGAUAAAUGCAGAGAGAGAUGACUAUGAUAGAACCAGAGCGAUACUGGACUCAGUCACUAGAAAAGGUGAAGCAGCCUGCUACGUGUUUCUAAGGAUUAUUUAUCAGACAAGGAGGAGAACCUUAGAGAGACCAACUCCUCUCUUUGAGAACAGUCAUGAAGCUUCAACUGGGGCGACAAAGUUUGACCUGCACCACUGGAUCAGCUGCUUUUCCUUCACAGAAGAUCCAGAAGUGGAUGAAAACUACAUACAGGAAUCAAGGCCAUGCUACAGAUAUCAAGCAAAGUUGAAAUCAAAAGCAGAAAAAGUAUCAAAGGACUUUUGGAAGAGAAGUGAUUAUCUUUUUGCAGAAAACAAGAAACCUGAACUGUUGUACACUUCACUUAUAUUAGAUCUUCAAGGGAAGAAUUUUCCAACAAAAAUAAGGACAUUUAGAAGAGAGAAGCCCCGUCCUAAAAAGUUAAGGACUUAUAUUCUAGGGAAUAAACCAGAAAUCUCCCCCAGUGACCUGCUGAAAACAGAUAAAAACAUCCUCCUGGUUGGGAAACCUGGAAUUGGAAAGUCAGCGCUGAGUCAUGAAAUAUUGAGACUGUGGUCAGAAAGAGACAAUAAGGAGCUGGAUUACAUGUUUUACUUUGACAUGAGGAAAUUAACCAACAUCCCACCAAUCAGGAGUUUGGAGGAUCUUCUUUUCACUGCAUGCAGUGAACCAGAUGAGGGCAAAGAUGAAGUUUUGCAAGAUAUAAAGAGCAACUCUGAUAAUGUUACAGUCAUUUUGGAUGGAGUCACUGAUCUCUCUCCAUCGGUUGUGGAGAAACUUGUAGACAAAGAUUUCUUACCUGAUGCUAAAAUCAUCAUUACCUGCAGACCAGAAGAUGAGGAAAACCUCUCUCUUGAAGACUGGCUCAGAGUGGAGGUGAAAGGCUUCUGUGAGGAAACAAUCAAGACAUAUUUGUCUUCAACUCUGGGUGAAAAUCACAGGAGGUCCUGA